AUGGAGGACUGGCUGCACUUCGUUGAGACGUUCUCCAGCUACAUCUUCAAGGGGGACGUGCUGCCCGAGGCCUUGCGGGCCCUGUGUUGGAGCCUGUGCAGCACGGUCACGCACUACUUCCGGCCGCGGCCCCCCGAUGAGACCCGUGAGCAGUUCCUGGUGGCAGCCAAGGCGGCUGCAUGCAAGCUCAGAGCUUACACGACCAGGCUGGAGGAGUUGGAGGUGCCGGGCUACAUGUUCACGGUCAACCUGCAUAUCUGCGUAUGCUGGCUGUACUCCGACCUGCCGGUGGAACGCAUGAUGCAGCAAAUGAAGACGCAAGGCGGAAGGAUGGUGUCACAGGCACCCGAGAAGCACUACGCGCAGUGGCUGUGCCUGAUGCGGGCCUCCGAGUCGCUCACCGAGGCAGACCCCGGGACCGGGGCCAAACACACGACCAACCAGCAGCUUGAGAGGAUGUUGGCACGGCGCGCAGUGAACACCGAGGCUGCCUGGUUUGAUAAACCAGGAGCCAACGGUUACCUGCUUGGACGAGGCCACAUGGUCUACCCGAGUCCAGAACGAGUGGCACAAGUCCGGGCAGCCAUGGCGAGCCUAGUGCACUGGUAUGCCCUGGCAUUCGAGGAUGUGGCUUCCUGGACAUUGGGUCCCAGUGCGAGCUACGAACUGGACACGGACCGCCUGGAUAGGGUUCUCAUGUCUACACCACCUGACUGUCCCAAGGCCCGCUCCUUAUUGCAUGCCGAGGCACUCGACGAGGAGCAGUACUUCGGGGCUGAGUAUGGGCGCCAGCAGCAGCGGAUCUCCUGCUGGGCAUGCUACCAGGCAGAAGCAAGCUUGUGUAUGGCCCUCUACAAGACGGGGGGCCCGGACGAGGAUACCACCAACUACGAUGCGUUCAAGGAGUGGGUCGGCGAGGUGCCAAGAGCGGCUAAGGGCGCAGCUGGCAAGCGCAGGCGGGGUGGCGGUGAUGACGACGACCUGGGUGCGAGGUCGGGGUGCAAGGUUGGAAAUAAACGGCAGAAGGGGAACAAGGGCGCAGGCCGGGGCAGGGGUGCAAGCAAGGGGACCACCAGAGGGCGUGGACGCAGCAGCGGCAGGAGAACUGGGCGCGGGACAGGGCGCGUGGACAGCAACACAGGCGGUGGAGCCGAGGAGGCAUUGGUGUAUGGAGAGAACGAUGCAAUUCAGGACGAGGAUACCACCAACUACGAUGCGUUCAAGGAGUGGGUCGGCGAGGUGCCAAGAGCGGCUAAGGGCGCAGCUGGCAAGCGCAGGCGGGGUGGCGGUGAUGACGACGACCUGGGUGCGAGGUCGGGGUGCAAGGUUGGAAAUAAACGGCAGAAGGGGAACAAGGGCGCAGGCCGGGGCAGGGGUGCAAGCAAGGGGACCACCAGAGGGCGUGGACGCAGCAGCGGCGGGAGAACUGGGCGCGGGACAGGGCGCGUGGACAGCAACACAGGCGGUGGAGCCGAGGAGGCAUUGGUGUAUGGAGAGAACGAUGCAAUUCAGGACGAGGAUACCACCAACUACGAUGCGUUCAAGGAGUGGGUCGGCGAGGUGCCAAGAGCAGCUAAGGGCGCAGCUGGCAAGCGCAGGCGGGGUGGCGGUGAUGACGACGACCUGGGUGCGAGGUCGGGGCGCAAGGUUGGAAAUAAACGGCAGAAGGGGAACAAGGGCGCAGGCUGGGGCAGGGGUGCAAGCAAGGGGACCACCAGAGGCCGCGCCCAUCUCGUUGAGUCUGUCAGCCGAGCACUUCCAUGA